AUGGCGAUGCUGGGCGGCACCAGCCCGGUACAAGCAAGCGCGCCCCAGGCGGAUGAUGGGGCGAUGUGGUUCCGACCAGCGACGGCGGCGAGAACCACUGUUGGAGGUGUGGGGCUUGACAUGGUGCUGUGGGAGAGGAUGAGGUGGGAGGUGGAGAGGGGAGACCGAUUUAAGGGAAUUUCCUUCUCUAGCUUGAUGUAUGUCACUAAACGCAAUAUGGCUAAUGCUGUUGCAAGCAUGACUAAGCAUCUGGAACAAGUGCAGAGCUCUCUUGCUGCUGCUAAAAAGCACUUAUCACAGCGCAUUCAGCACGUGGAUGAUAAAUUGGAACAGCAGAAGGAGAUUUCGGUGCAAAUAAGAGAUCAGGUUACUGGUGCAAAGUUGAAAAUCAAGAACAUUGGAUCAGACAUGGAUAACAUAAAAAAUAUGGUUAUAGGCCUGGAUGAGAAGAUGGAUUCAAUUGAAGCAAAACAGAAUUAUUCAUGUGUGGCGGUGGAUUAUCUCUGCCAAUUCAUAGAAAAAAGGGUUGACAAGCUACCGGAACAGCUGGAAGGAUUGCAACAAACAGUAAAGCGCAUCGGAUACAAGAGCUCAGAGUUGCCACCGGGGCUGGGGGGGGGGUUCGGGCAACUGCUGUCCACUGAAUCAGCGAACCCAUUAGGUGCCUUUCAAAUAUUUUAG